AUGUCCACCCUCUUCCUCAGGAUGAUUUGGCUGAUAGCGCUCCUGAUUCUCGGCUUGGUAGCUGCUCCAGCUAGCCCUGAGAUCAUAGAGCCAGGACCGGACUCUGGAAUUGUGUUAAGGGAUCAGCCUGGACUCCUGAUAACAGACUGUCGCCUGCACACACAGAAGGUGUUUGUCAGGCUCAACCCUAAGGAAGUCCUCAAGAAAAAUGUUCCGGUAACAGCUCAACUGACCAGUUGGGCCGGGACACAUUGGAGCAGACAGGUCGUAAAUCACGCCGAGUUGGACAUUACUUACAUGUUAGAGCAACUUCAGAAAUUCACUGUCUCUCAAACAGAGUUAAGUGGUACCAACAGGAGGUCCAAGCGUUUUAUCGGAGCAUUGCUUACCGCAGCCUCGGUUGUUGGCUCUCUUUUUGGUGUUGGGCUCUCCUCUGUUAAUGCCAUUAGCUUAGCUGCUGUCAAACGCCAUGUGGGUGAGCUAGAAGCCGAAAUCCCAGACAUCAGGGCUCAGAUAAACAGACAGCAGACACAACUGCAGACUAUUGGUCAAACAGUCAAGGGCACCGUUCUGGUGGUUAACACCCACACAGAAGUCCUGAAUAAGACGCUGCGUGCUGUAAAUUCUUUGUUGUCGGUGGUCCAGGUCGACUAUGCUCACACAAUGCUACUGAAUAUGCUCAUGUCAGACAUGUUGCAAGAAAUAUCAUCCUCAAUAGACAGUUUGGCUGCAGGCCGGAUUCCUCCGUACUUGGUACCUCUCUCAUUGGUUCAGGAUUUACUAUCAACUGCAACCAGAGAGGCCACCACUCCUUUACAAGCCCACCUCGCGUAUACCCUAGGUAGCGCUGUGCCGAUCUACGUUAAUCCCGAAGAUCGAGAAAUUGCUUUCCUUAUUAACUUGCCAAUUAUAGCAUCAGGAAGCAUCUAUAGGCUAAAGGAUGUAGUCAAUGUCGGGUUUUGGAAAGAGGACGCACACCUCCAAAUUCAGACCCCACCAGUGGUCGCUUACCACGACAGCAAUCCUGACCUAUAUCUAGCUCCUAACCUGCGUAUGUGCACACGAACCAAAGACAUACACUACCUCUGCCCCAGUAAACCAUUUGUGUGGGACAGUACUAAUGGCCUCUGCGGCCUUACGCCCAUGGUGGCCGACACCAAAUGCCCUACUACAGCAAGACACCGCUCACAAGUGACUGUAACGCAGGCCGAAAGAGUGGGUCACCGUUGGUUAGUUAACACCCCCACCAAGACUGCCAUUGUAAAUUACGACCAGCACGAUACUGCCACACGCAUUUCUCUACUGGAUCAGACCAUGUGGAUUGAGGUGCCACCAAAUGCCAUUCUCCAUAUAGAUGACAUUGCCCUCUUUUACCUCAACCCUGAGCAAUUCGAAACAGAGAUUGAAGUGCCAGCGUUUUUCAGCAAGCAUACGCUGCAGUUAGAUCCAAACACUAUUUCUCAAAUCCAGUAUGCAGGUACUCAGAUCAUUGACCUAACGCCUGUAGAUGACGUCCUUAUAGACAUAAGGUCCCAAGAGAAGUCCCCGCUGCAACCAAUAGUCUAUGUUUGGUCCACCCCAGACACCUUACUAGCAGCCGCCAUAGUGUUAGGGUACCUCCUGACCUUCGGGUUAACCUUCAUCUACGUCAAACGUGGUAAAGCCCUACAGUACAAAAUAGACCACUGUGUAACUAGGUUACGACUCCGUAGACAACCUGAAACGGAACAGGAAGUUGAACAGCCAGAGGAAGACAAGGUGAGCCACAUGCUCGAGGUGUAG